GCAAAUCACAAUGCCUUCGUUCAAUAGCACCGUCUUCGCCGUUGCUGCGGCCUUUGUCGCCACGGCCCAGGCCGACUACUACGUUGAACCCUCAAGUGUUUCUCUGGCCACAAGAAAGGCCUGGUGCGCCGACGAGAAGAACACAUGCCCCAUCAUCUGCCAGCAAGUCGAGCCCCGGACGACCCUGGUGAACGAAUGUGACCCUGAAACCCUUACCUACGGCUGCAUCUGCGGCGACAAGAACCAGCCCAACAUGACCGAGUACUCCCUCACCCUGCCCUACCACGUCUGCCAGGAGUACGGCAACCAGUGCGUCAAGGCUUGCGGCCUCGGCGCCAACAACUGCGCGUCAAACUGCCGCCAGGACAACCCUUGCGGCGCCCAGAACCCCACCCGCCAGAACUCGACCUCCACCGCCGGCACGGCCACCGCUUCGGCCACCUCCAGCGAGACGAGCGGCGCCAUCUACACCGGCCUUGGCGACUCCGGCUCCUCCAGCUCUGGCUCGUCUUCCGGCAGCGGCGCCGCGGCUCUGGAAAUGGGUCGCAGCGCUGGGCUGGCUAUCCUCGUCGGUAGCUUGAUUGGCGGUGCUGCUCUCCUGCUUUAAGUGUGAGUACGAUGUCCAACGAAGUUUAGGACGAAAGAUAGGAAAAAGGAGGAAAGAAGUAGGAGAAUAGCGAUCGGGGAACUGUCGUGUGUUGCCGUGUGUUCUGUCUCGUCCGCUCUUUUGAAUACCCUCUUGCACAAAGUUUUUAUCACAUGCUCGGCGUUUAUGGGCGAGGUGUUUGAAUCAUGGGCCUCUGGAUCAACCAAACAAAUAAUGUCUUUUUAAUAUUUUCGGACAGAACACACAAGCAAUGGAGCGGGAUGAUCAGGGUCGGGUAAACUGUCUCUAGCGUUUUACGUCAUCUUUCACGGGGGCAGAGAAGUAGCAAAAAAAAAAAAAAAA